UUGUGACGCCAGUCGUGACGUCGGCAGGCCUGCGCGCAGCCGUAACCGGUGAAAAGAAGAUGGUGCUCAUCAAGGAAUAUCGUGUGGUCUUGCCAUGCUCGGUGGAAGAGUAUCAAGUCGGGCAGCUUUUCUCGGUGGCUGAGGCCAGUAAAAACGAGACGGGUGGCGGAGAGGGCAUUGAAGUGCUGAAGAACGAACCGUACGAGGAGGAGGGCGAGAAGGGACAAUACACACACAAAAUUUACCACUUAAAGAGUAAAGUGCCAGGCUUUGUGAAGAUGAUCGCACCAGAGGGGGCGUUAGUUUUCCAUGAAAAGGCCUGGAAUGCGUAUCCAUACUGCCGCACGAUUGUGACUAACGAAUACAUGAAAGAUGAUUUCAUGAUUAAAAUAGAAACGUGGCACAAACCUGACACGGGCUCUUUAGAGAAUGUACAUGACCUGGACCCAACCACAUGGAAGACAGUGGAGGUCGUGCAUAUCGAUAUAGCUGAUAGGUCUCAGGUUGAACCUGCAGAUUAUAAACAAGAUGAGGACCCAGCCAUCUUUCAAUCAGAGAAAACCGGCCGAGGACCUUUAGGACCGGACUGGAAAAAAGAGCUGUUGGCCAAGCCAGACGCCCCUCGUAUGUGUGCGUACAAACUAGUCACUGUCAAGUUCAAGUGGUGGGGCCUUCAAACCAAAAUAGAAAACUUCAUCCACAAGCAAGAGAAGAGAAUCUUCACCAACUUCCACCGUCAGCUCUUCUGCUGGAUCGACAGCUGGGUGGAGCUCACCAUGGCAGACAUCCGCAGGAUGGAGGAGCAGACGCAGCGAGAGCUGGAAGAGAUGCGUCAAAAGGGAUCCGUACGAGGCACGACGGCAGCCGAUGAGUAGCCGAAUCCUUUUUAGUAACACAAGGCAGGUGGAGAGACUCCCUUCGUAAAACUGGUCAGGUUCGAGGCACCAGUGCUGCUCACGAACAAUGAGGCAAAACUACAAGAAUCCAACCACGAUGACGCUCGACGAACGACAUCAACGCAUCCACCGAAGCGGCCGGCGGCGCCGGACAGCAGAAUGACACAAUGAUCAGUAGUACUGGACAGGGUGGACACUGUCUUGCGCGCUGGACGACACUUGACCUGUUUUCUAGAUUCAGGCAGGUUGAUCCAGUGACUUACCACUUUAGAAACGUCAGAGUAUUGCUGUAUGGUUGUGUUAUUCUAAUUCAGGAAAAAAAAAACACACAAAAAAAAAAAACGACUUAAUUUUGGCAGGCAUCGGACCAAUUAUUUGUUUGUUUUUGUUUGGUUAUAUUCUCUCAUAAUGGUUCAGAUCUUUACUUUUCCUGUCUGUGUUUUAGUCUUUCCCCCCCACCGAUGAAGCACUUCUUUUCAGUUCCUAAUUUUUAAUUUGCCAGUUUUUCUAGGAAAACGUGAUGCACAUUUGCGCGCAAAAACACACGUCCACCUCGCAGGAUUUAUUUAUUUUGUCUGCGAGUGGCUUUAGCAUGAGCUCAGGCAUGUCUUUAAGAGGGUCUCCGAGACCCAACCCCCCUCAGGACUCUUUACUCCUCUCCAAAAGUCCAGACUAAUUACCGGAGCAAAUCGCUGCUGCUUUUUUUAUAUUUCGACUGGCUUUAGGACAGGCGAAGUGCUUUCAUAUCGCUAAUCUACCUGUAACGCUUCAGGGUUCCCACGCUCGCAGAAAAACCUGGAGAUAUCAGGGAAAUGUUGUGAUUUCCAGGCUUGGAAGAAAGUCUCAGUCUCGGUUCAUUACAUGUGUGCAUGCAGGGAAUAAUUUCGCUUAGUCCCUCGAGCACCAAUCGCAGUCAUAAUAGCGCUGGUGCAAUGCACAAGCAGACAUGUGGCCGUUUUUAAGGUGGACCUACUUUUCCAGGUGGAUGAAUCUCUGGUUCCGGAUGUAACUGGUAUCCUUGCGCAUAUUAUGCAAAUACUACUGGCGUUGUCAUGACAGCAGAUUUAAAUUCGCUGUCGCUAGACAGGCAGAAGGCUCAUGUUUGUGCCUGUAGUUUUUCUGAAGUCUUGUAUAUUAUUUCAUGCUCAUUUUCUCUGAUUAACAGUGAAUGAAAUGUAAGGCUUGCGUACAGUAGUGCGGUCUUCAUCCUUUAUUCGAUUAUAGUUACUAGAUUUUGUAAGCGUAUUGUGCUUGGAGUCGAUUGUUUUAUUUGUGCUCUCAUGCAAAGAAAUUAUGAACACGUGCAAAACAAGAGAGAACCAACUAAAUAUUAAUAGUCACUCUCGUUUGCAUAGUCAAAUGAAACCUGUAGCUGGAGUUUUGUCAGAUAGCAAAGUUUAGUUCAUAUUUUAAGAAAUAUGGUCAUUAAAAACAAAUCUCACGUCCGGCCACUACUGUAUCUAUAUAAUUAAUGUGUUUAUAUAGUGUAUGAAACGUCGUGGGAACCCUGAGCUCUGCGCCUGAAUGUGUGUGUGUGUGUGUCGACGCCUCAACAGAUGCUUGUAUAGUUUCUAUAUCGUACCAGGUCGGAUCUGAGCGAGGAUGUGCGUGUAGAAAUAAUUCUACUUCCUGUCCUCCUCGUCUCUGGCCGUCUUGCACCAGCUCAGAUCAUCCAGCCUAGCAAAAAGAGUGUUUUAUCUUCUCGGUUUUUAAAAGUGUGGACAGCAGAUUACGGUAGUGUGAGUCUCGUUGUGAUUGUCCUGGUAGUUUUAAUAGGAUUGCUUCUUAACGUCCCUCUCAUUUCAAGGUCCACAAACGUUCACGCAGUCAUGCACCUUGCGCCUCUAUAGCGCCGCACCUGCGUUUCUUUUUCUUCUAGAUCAGUGAUUGGAGGAAGUAUAUUUUCUGUAGAGCAAUCAGUGCACUGACGUCUGCUCGGCAGACACGAACAUUGUCUCGAGUCUCACGGAUCGUGUGUUUACUUUGGCUUUUAGGCUAGCGGGGUGGGCAUGGGGUUCAGGGAUAAUCAAUCAAUCAUGUAUUGUAAUCUAAGCUUCUUUUUCUUCUUCUUUCUUGGGGAAUUACACAAUGCUGUUUCUGUCUUUUUCUGUUUGAAAAUCAGGGGAAAUAUCAGUGAAUGUACAACGGUGUGAUUUUGAUUCUGUUUAUUAUUAUUUUUUUCCCCCCUGCUGCUUCUGAAAUGGUUAUAAAUUGAACGAUUAACAGUAUAUCUAAUAAAUUUCGACACCAGACGG